CUGACCACAUGACACAUAACAUCAUGGAAAAAGACACUGUACUGCAGUCUCACAGGCUCCAAGGUGAGCAUCCAUCUGUUUUUAGUCACACUAGCAACCACGUUUAUGACCACUUACACUCAACAAUAAAAACCUGAACACUCCACACAACUGUUUGCUCUUGGCUAAAAGUCAAUAAUUGCCCUUUAAUAGAUGUUUCAGAUGAACGACAAAGUGCCAUAAUCAACCUUAAUGUAGGACAAUUUUAAGGCUGAAUAUGCUCUUAACCAAUCUAAAUGCAACUAAAAGACCAGUUUAGGAAUGAAACAUAGUGUCAUGCAAAGAAAGUCACGCUUGUCUGUUUUUUUUUUUUUAAAUAUCUCCAAUCAGGCUGCAGAAAACAGAGAUGCGAAAAAGAUAUGCAGCGCAUGAGCCUGGAUUAAAGUCAGAUCACACACUGAACAGGACUGAAUCAAGUUUGUUUAAGCCUGUAUUAUGUAAUGAGAAGAAACUCAGUCUCCCCUCCCCUUACCUAGAUCAGCUCAGCCCCUGGUUACUGAGUAAACAAUGGAGGAAACCUGUCAGGAAGACCACUGCCACUCAGGAACACAGCCUCUCUGACAAUCACAGGAGUAGUGCUGUAAUCCAAGUGACACCUGAUCAUUUACUAAGCUUUUAUUCUUUGUUUUUAUCACUACUUGUUUAUUUUUUCCUUCAAGGAAUGAAUAUCAUGUUCAUUGUACAGCACUCUUCUGCUGUUGGGAGUCUACAGGUUACAAGUCUCUGAAGAGCUUCUAAAUGGACAGUAUGCCUCCUGCCGCGGUCACCACUUAGCAUCAAGUAGCAUUGACUGUUUUUAAAGUGGAAUGUCUGUUCGCAACUACUGGGAUGAAUUUGUCCACUGCUGCCUGGUUUCAAGAAAUCAAUACAGCCACAGAGUAACUGCUGCACUGACAUUUCUCACGAUUUUGACCCAAACUGCUCCUCCUCGGAUUACAAGGGAGAUGCUGAUGCAGCCAAGGAAAAGCCAGCGUCCAGGGACUGCUCUUUGAGGUCAUGUUUUCAUUGUUUUUUAAGUAAAACUAAAUAACAGCACAACAUGUUAAGAGUUUUUCUGGGACUUUCUUUUCCCUCAGAAAAAGAAGGUGCCAUAUCUAAUCAUCUUUAAGUAGUUUAUACAUCUUCAGACAGCUGGAAAACAGAGAGAGUCACAGAGUGGAAGAGACACAUUUUUAGCCAGACAGCAAAAGGAGCAUGUGUGACUCAAGAGGCAGUGGACUUAACCAUUCAGCUAUCUCUGGCCAAUGAAUUUCAACCACAUAAUGAUAGACUGUAUAUUUUAGCAGGUUGCAUUUGCAGCUCUGCAGACAAACUAAAAAUAAAUAAGCUGUAAUAUUUGUUUUCCAGACAGUGUACUGGCUAUAAAUGUCGAUGAAGUGGUCAGCUGACCAGUAUGAGUUUAACUGCUUAACUAAUUGCUAUCAUUAUGAGAGUACUGGCUGUCGUAAUGGACUGUGGUCAUGCCUGUGACUAAUACAAUUUAAGACAUGAACUAGAGUCAACAGAUGCAUCACUCAGGCACUCUGUGAACAUAAUGCUCUGAUGCUUAACAUUAACAGGCCAUUAGAUUAAUUACUCAAUACACUUUAUUGUGAUUGCAUGGAGACUUUGGGGCAGCAAGUAAACAGCAGCAGCCUUGGCCAAAUGAACCGGGCAGACGAGGCUUUGAUUAAAGUCGUGGUGCCCAUCCUGGACGGGCUAAUUCUGGUAACCGGCCUCGUGGGCCAAACCCUUGUCAUCACCAUCCUUACUGGCAGGAGGAGGAAAGAAAGCCAACCCCCGCAUGGUACAGACACCCUGCUGCUGGCUCUGAGCGCCGCUGACCUGCUGCUGCUGCUCUGCCUGCCCUUCCACACCUCCGCCAUCACCCUGGGCUUCUGGCCUUUCGGCAGCUUCCUGUGCAAAGCCAUCAGCUUCCUGGGCGUGGCCUGCUCCGCUGCUUCAGUCUUCACCCUGGCAGCUUUGGCGGUGACGCGCUACCUCACAGUGGUUCACCCCACUUGGGCUUACCGUUCGAGAAUGCACAGGCGCAUAAAGCUGACGGUGGCUCUGCUCUGGGUCCCUGCCUCAGCCUUAGCGGCACCACAGUUUGCCUUCCGCACCGUUACAGCAUCCAGCGCCGUGUACUGCUUUGCCUUCCUGUCCAACUUCAGCCAGCUGGUGUACAGCAUUGCUCUCUUCCUGUUCGGCUUCGCUCUACCACUAGGCAUCAUUGUAUUGAUGUACGCCAAGAUCUACUGUUUCCUUCAACACGCACGGCUGCUGGGGAACGCUCCCCAGCUGGAACGCUACCAGAGCCAGGUCACUCACACUUCAGCUCUCCUGGUCCUGGUCUUCACACUCCUGUGGCUGCCCUCCUAUGCCCUCAUGUUCUCCUUCAUUGGAGGAACUGUAAUAGGCUCACCUGGCUACAAUACUAUUGCCAUCCUGGCCAGACUGUUGGCAUCCUCAGUGGCAGUAGUAAACCCUGUGCUGUACGGCUUUAUGUCUCAGAAGUUUAGACGAGACUUACUAGACCUGGGGAGAGAGCGCUGGGCCUGGUGCAAAAGCUGCAUGACUACUUGUCCUUGCGUGUUGGGCAGGGACAUGGUACAGCCCUUUGAGCUGGACACAACCUCAGAGAGAGGCCAAAACUGAGUCUUUGACGAGAAGAGAAACAAUUCUACCUCAUUACUAAAUCCUGGAAUUAGGGCUUGUUAAUAUGGCCAAAAACAAUACUCUGAUAUUAUGAGAAUAUUUUACUAUAUCUAUGUAUAUUUUUAUGUUUCACUUCAUGGGAAUGUAUGCAAGAUUACAUAUGAAAUACACAUGGUGAUGUUAAAUGUAAUAAUCUGCCUUCUAUUGUUUUGUAAUAAAUCAGGUAAAACUUUUCAUUUGUCACCAAAUAUUUGUUUUUGAUUACAACAUGCUCUGAAUUAUUAAUUUGGCCAUCAGAAUAAAGUAAAACAGUGACACAAUAUGAUCAUAUCAUCAUGUUGUAACUCUAAUGAAUGUUUGAUUUAUUGCCAAGUCCUAUCUGGACUAAUACACUCCUCUAACUUCAGCUGCAUUAAUUCAUCCUGAUGGAAUAAAUUCAGUCGGUGGAUGAAAAAAUAAUGUGGAGAAUGUAGUCAUCAUUCUUGCAAUCUGUUCAAAACCCUGAUCUCAAGGCAACAUCAAUAAACACACUAACCCUAUGCACUUUACUUGUUUUCCUGUCUUUCCUAUCAAAUAAUUAAUGUUUUGAUUUUUGCUUGCUAAGAACAGUUUUGGUCCAGGGCUUUUAAAUGCAAUGUUUUUCUGGUUUCUGAGUUCAACAACCUGCUCUUGAAUCAUUUAAAAAGGAGUGUCACUGAAAAGACACUUCAGUGUUGAAACAAGCAAAAAGCACAGUCUGUGUGUGCAUGUGUGCGUGCGAGUGUGUGCAAGUGUGUCUUCUUCAAGUGGCAGCUCUAAGUGAUGUCAGUCUCCUCUAGUUGAGAAGCUGCAGCUGUGUGUACAUUACAGUGAAUCCUCCUGGGUGCUUGUGUUGUCAAAAUGUGUGAUGAUGGCUGUUUACAGUGUCGAGGGGACGAGGGACAACAUUCAAUUAUUAAUGGAGAGGAUAAAAGAAAGAGUACCAACUAGGCAGCACAGUUAAAAUAUAUGUAUUUAGGCUGAGUGGAGGGGAAUUGUUUAGGUGCAGUUAUGAGAGAUGCUUAGUGGAGCUCAGUGGAGUUUUUGACAUAAAUAAUGAAUGCGA